GAACGAAGACAAAGGGCCUCUUCCUGUCUCUGUUUCCGAAGCGGCCCUGCCGAUUGGUGCAGGUGGCGAGGGGGUCUGUUCGCUGGGCUGCGUGUUUAGACAAGUGGGUCGACGGCGCUGUGGGAAAUGGACCACGAGCCUCGCAGGAGCAAACUGGAGCACAGAGACUCCGGUAUUUCGAGUUUUCUCUCUCGGAUGUCGGUGGCCUCCUCGCCCCCCGGGUCGGCUGGCCCACGCCCCCCUUCCGCACAACACCAGGGCCCCACCUUGAUCCAGCUGCAGGUCGGCCUGUUCAGGGAGGUGGUGUGCGUGUCCAGCGGUCAGCUCGACUUCCACAGCGUCAAGAAACUGGCCUCCAAUAUCAUAGAGAGAAAGGCUCCCGACUGCACCAUCGUUGGAUUCGGGGAGAAAAUCCUGCUUUUCCGACACGAGCCCGGCACUGACCACCUUCUCCGGCUGCUGAGCGCUUCUGACACGCUGCAGGAUGGCGAUCUGGUGGAGGUGGUGCUCUCAGGUUCUGCGUCUGUGACGGAGAUGAAGCUCCGCCCACACGCCCUGGUGGUCCAAUCGUAUCGCACGCCCACAUUUUGCCACCAUUGCGGGGAGAUGCUGUGGGGACUUGUGCGCCAAGGGUUAAAAUGUGAAGGCUGUGGGCUGGACUUCCAUAAGCGCUGUGCCCUGCAGCUCCCCAGUGACUGCAGCCGCGUGCGCAGACGAUGCGGUCCCAGCCUGUCGCUCUUCCCCACAGGCCGGCUUCGAGCCUCCUCCCUCUCCACGCAGGCCGGGGGCAGCCUGGAGGAGAUUAGCAUGUCGAAGCCAAUCCCCCGGUCCCGCCCCCCUUCCUGGACGGAGCAUCCCGUGUGGCUGGGGGUGGGGCAGGAGGGGCCGAGGCCGCAGGUCCCGCACACCUUCCACAUCCACAGCUACACCAAGCCCACGGUCUGCCAGCACUGCCACCGCCUGCUGAAGGGCCUGUUCCGCCAGGGCCUGCAGUGCACAGACUGUAAGUUUAACUGCCACCGCCGCUGUCAGCCCCUGGUCCCCAACGACUGUAUGAUAGGGAGGACAACAGCCAAAAGCGAGGAUAACGAGGUUGGCUCCACCCAGAACAUGGACACGGACACGGACGAGGACCUGUAUCUGACUAGUAGCAGCUUGCUAAUGGACAGUAAAGAUGAUGAGCUGCCUCUCACUGAAGAGUCGUUUGCUCAUUCUGUGGGGAUAGGUUUGCAGGCAGCGAUAAGCCCGUGUUUCAGCAGUAACAUCCCGCUGAUGCGAGUGGUCCAGUCCGUCCGUCACUCCAAACACAGGGCCAGCGAGGUGCUGAAGGAGGGCUGGCUGCUGCACCACACCAGCACCGACACACUGAGGAAACGGCAUUACUGGAUUUUGGACCGGAAGAGCAUCACGCUCUACCAGAACGAAAACAGCACCAAGUACUACAAGGAGCUCCCGCUGUCUGAAGUGCUGCAGGUUCGAGGAGCGGGGCAGCUGUCGGUGGCCACGCCCCCCGGCAGCCGCGCCCCCUCAUUUGAGCUGGUGACGGGCGCGCUGGUGUACUGCGUGCAGGCGGGGGAGGAGGGGCUGGCCUGGGAGACGGCCGUCCGUCAGGCCCUGAUGCCCGUGGAGAGCGCAGGACGAAACCGCGUGGAUUCAGGAGCCCAAACUGAAGAAAACCCUGACAUCAGCACGGUGUAUCAGAUCUUUGCGGAUGAGGUGCUGGGCUCAGGACAGUUCGGCGUCGUGUACGGAGGCACACACCGGCAGUCUGGCCGUACCGUAGCGGUCAAAGUCAUCGACAAAACCCGCUUCCCCACCAAGCAGGAGCGGCAGCUGAGAAACGAGGUGGCCAUACUGCAGAACCUCUCUCACCCGGGCGUGGUUCUGCUGGAGGGCAUGUUCGAGACCCCGGGUCACGUGUUCGUCGUCAUGGAGAAGCUCCACGGCGACAUGCUGGAGAUGAUCAUGUCCAACGAGAACGGACGGCUGCCGGAACGCAACACCCGCUUCCUGGUCACGCAGAUCCUGGAGGCCCUGCGGUACCUCCACCUGAAACACAUCGCCCACUGCGACCUGAAGCCAGAAAACGUGCUGCUCGCCUCACCUGACCCCUUCCCGCAGGUGAAGCUGUGCGACUUCGGUUUCGCCCGGAUCAUCGGCGAGAAGUCGUUCCGGCGCUCGGUGGUGGGCACGCCGGCGUACCUGGCGCCCGAGGUCAUCAGCAGCCACGGCUACAACCGCUCGCUGGACAUGUGGGCGGUGGGCGUGGUCCUGUACGUCAGCCUGAGCGGCACCUUCCCCUUCAACGAGGAGGAGGACAUCUCCCAGCAGAUCACCAACGCGUCCUUCAUGUACCCCCGUCAGACCUGGGCCCACAUCUCCCUGCAAGCCGUCAGCCUCAUCAGUAACCUGCUGCAGGUGUCUGUCAGACGCAGGUUCAGCGUGGGAAAGGCCUUGGGACACCCCUGGCUCCAGGACUUUCAGCUGUGGUGCGACCUGAGGGAGUUCGAGCUGCGGAUGGGUCGCUGCUACCUCACCCACGAGGGCGACGAGGAGCGCUGGAGGCGCCACGCCCAGGAGCGCGGCCUCCGCUUCCCCGCGCACCUGUCCUGGGGUCCCUCCGGCCAGUGACCGCGGGGUCAGGGGUCAAACAGAGACGUCUGCAGGGGAGGAGGUGGAGCUCUUUAGCCCAAACGGGGGGAGAGGGAGACCGCACAGAUGGGUGUGCUCGGUGGAUGCCGGGUGGGAGAUGGAAAUUGCACUGUUCCUGGGUCAGUUUUCUGAUUAUUAGGUAAAGAACUCCUGUAAUUUUGUUAAAUAUCCAAUUAAAAUAUUUUACACAAUC